AUGGCAGAAGGAGGCUGUCCGCAGAGCGAGGACGAGGCAGAGGGUCUGUCCCGGGGCAGAGGAGUCUGCAAGUGGUUCAACAUGCGGAUGGGCUUCGGCUUCCUGUCCAUGAGCAGCAGAGACGGAGCUCCGCUGGAGCAGCCGCUCGACGUGUUCGUCCACCAGAGUAAACUGCAUAUGGAGGGCUUCCGCAGCCUCAGAGAAGGUGAAGCCGUGGAGUUCAAUUUUAAGAAGUCAUCUAAAGGGCUGGAGUCUGUCUGGGUUACCGGGCCCAACGGAGCACCAUGUUUGGGCAGUGAGAGAAGACCAAAGAGUGUCCAGAAACGACGCUCCAAAGGUGACAGGUGCUACAACUGUGGAGGACCUGGCCAUCAUGCCAAGGAGUGUCAGCUGCCUCCUCAGCCCAAAAGGUGUCACUUUUGUCAGAGCGUUUCCCACAUGGUGGCCAACUGUCCGGUCAAAGCGCAGCAGCAGCAGCAGCAGCAGCAGCAGCAGCAGCAGCAGCAGCAUUUGUCUCCAAGCUCUCAGAGAACAUCUACCUCAUUGAGGGACGAGGAAGAGGAAAAAAGCCAGACCACGCUCUCUGAAAGCUCAGAGUAA